ACUCCAUUCCAAUUGAAAAUGAAACCCUAAAUUGAAGCUUCGUUUGUUCCUCUCCAUCAUCGCUCAAAUGUCAUUCUUAAGGUUCACCUUUCGAUCUUCUUCUUCUUCUUCGUCUCCCAUUUCUUACUUAAGGCGAUUUUACUCUCACUCUCCAUUUCAUGUUAAUAACAAUGUUGAUAAUGCUGUUUCUUCAUUCCAUAGCAUGCUUCGUAUGAAUCCAACCCCAUCCAUCGUACAAUUUAACAAGAUUUUAACUUAUCUUGUUAAGACGAAACAUUACCCCACUGCUAUUUCCCUUUCUAACCAAUUACAAUUCAAUGGAAUUAUGCCUAAUGUUGUUACUUUCAAUAUAUUGAUCAAUUGUUACUGCCACCUUCGUCAAAUGUCUUUUGCCUUUUCUAUAUUAGCUAAGAUUCUCAAGUUGGGUUAUCAGCCCAAUGUCAUAACCUUAAAUACUCUUAUCAAAGGUCUGUGUUUCAACGAUAAGGUGAAAGAAGCUCUGCAUUUUCACGACCAUGUGCUUGCACAUGGAUUUCACCUCGAUCAAGUUAGCUACGGGACCUUGAUCAAUGGACUCUGUAAAAUUGGGGAAACAAGAGCCGCCUUGCAAGUUCUAAGACAAAUUGAAGGGAAAUUGGUCAAGCCUAAUGUGGUAAUAUACACCACAAUUAUUGACAGCCUGUGUAAAGAUAAGCUUAUAAGAGAUGCUUACGAUUUAUAUUCUGAAAUGAUUGCAAAGAAUAUUUCUCCUAAUGUUUUCACUUACACUUCUCUAAUAUAUGGAUUUUGCAUUGUUGGUCAAUUGAAAGAAGCAUUUGGACUUUUAAAUGAAAUGUUUGUAUUCAGAAAACUCAAUGGAGAUGUUUAUAUCUUUAAUAUAUUGCUCGAUGCUUUAUGCAAGGAAGGAAAUGUCAAAGAAGCUAAAAAUGUGUUAGCUGUUAUGGUGAAACAAGGUAUCAAACCAGAUGUUGUUACUUAUACUUCAUUACUAGAUGGGUAUUGCCUAAUCAAUGAAGUGAAUAAGGCCAAAGUUAUAUUCAACAGUAUGGCCCAAAGAGGAGUGAUGCCCGAUGUUAAUGGCUAUAAUGUCGUGAUUAAUGGGCUGUGUAAAAUUAAAAUGAUGGAUGAAGCCAUGAAUCUCUUCAAAGAAAUGCAAAACAAGAAGAUUAUUCCUGAUACAGUAACUUACAGUUCUCUUAUUGAUGGUUUGUGCAAAUCAGGGAGAAUCUCUCAUGCUUGGGAGCUUCUUGUUGAGAUGCAAGAUAGGGGUCAACCUGCCAAUGUAAUCACUUACAAUUCUUUAUUACAUGCUUUAUGUAAAAACCAUCAUGUUGAUAAGGCAAUUGCAUUGGUCAAGAAAAUUAAAGACAAAGGCAUUCAACCAGAUAUGCACACAUACAAUAUACUCAUGAAUGGACUUUGCAAGGAAGGGAGAUUUCUGGACGCACAAGUGAUUUUUCAUGAUCUUUUGAUUAAAGGCUAUAAUGUAACAGUCUGGACAUAUAAUAUUAUGAUCAAUGGUCUUUGUAAAGAGGGUUUGUUUGAUGAUGCUGAGUCCCUACUGUUAAAAAUGGAAGACAAUGGCUGUGUUCCUAAUGCUAUAACUUAUGAAAUAAUUAUCUGUGUUCUCUUUGAAAAUGAUGAGAAUGAUAAGGCCUUGAAACUUUUACAUGAAAUGAUUGCCAGUGGUCUAAUGUAAGAGGAGAACCAGUUUGAGUAAAAGUUUCAAUUGGUUCUAAUGCAGGAAUGGAUAUACACGAGCUCAGUAUUUUGAGGAUAUGAUACUUCUCAGUCCUCACUCAGCUUAAGGAUUCUUGGUUAGCAUCAGCCAAGUCUUUUUUUAAUCAACUUGUUGUUUUUCCUGUUCUACUAUUGUUUCAAUUAGUCCAAUUUCCGUUGUAAAUUUAUACUUGUUGAACAUCUGCUGUUCUUUCAAUUUUCCCCGUAUUUUGCUUGUUUAUUCUUCAUUGAAACGACCAAGCUGUGCAAAUCAUAUUUCAUCGUCUCCCAGUCAAAUGUACUAGUUAUCUCACGAGUCAUCAAUGCUAAACAUUAAUCCUUUAUCUUUGCAAUGUACUGUCAACCAGUUUCAUGGUUGUUAUCAGAAUGUAUCCAACUCGAGUAUCAUAAGCAGUGGUGGUGAAGUUAAAGCGUGUUGGUCUGUUGUUAAGCUUCAGAGGUAUCGGUGUGAGUAGGUAGUUUUCUCGUCAUAGUGGCAGACUAUCUAUGCAGGAAAAACGAGAUUACAAAGGUGUUUUCUCAUAGAGGAAAGUUUUGAGUGUUGGUGCUGAAUUUCAUCGAGUGGCAGUAGCAGCAAGGGUAGAGGCUUUUCGAAGGCAAGAUGUGAAGGUAUUGUGGGAGACAACUUGGAUAGUGGGUUUUGAAACUUAGUAAUUCCACAAGUGUUGGUACAUUGAUAGAUUGGUUGAUGAAUUUUUAGUUUUGGAUUUUGCAAGAGUGCAUUUGGCUCCAGUUAUGCUGAGAUAGAUUGUUCUCUGUAUUGCAUUUGUAUUACAUCGAUGUCAUUUAAGAUUUACAGUCUUGUCGUUAUAUUAUAGUUAGGAUUUAAUGGAUGUGUGUUGACAGUGUAAUGUGUAAAGAUUUUUCACACUCUUAAUCUAAGCUCGUUACUUUUCUUUAUAAA